CCGCUCCCUCCUCCUGCAAGAGCAACUAGUGCCGCUGUUUUCCACCCUGUACACGCGCGGCUUACACUCCCGGCACGGUUUCCACACGCGCCCUGAACACGUGUCUCAAUCAUGCGAGUCCCUGUUUCUGGUUUAUUUUACGCACUCGGCAUUAGAUGGAUAUAAACGAUGUAUGUGUGUGUGCGGGCAUGAGCAGCGCGCUCACAAACCCCUCCCCCCUUCAGUUAGUUAAGCCAGCGCUAUCUCUCACUUUUGGAAAAUAGACCCGUGACCCGUAAUAACCUGUAAUACACUGUUUAAAGACUGUUUCCCUCAUUUGUGCAGGGCACAGAGGCGCUGCUGCUGCCCUGCCUGUGUUGUAAUGUGGAGGCAGUGUGGCUGUGCUGUGCUCUGUGCUGUGCUUGGUUUGGGGUUUAGAGAGACCGAGCUGUAAGUAGGUCGGGCUGGGCUUAAGCGGCUUAGCUACGUCAGCCUAAGCUGGGAGGAAUUCAUCCAAAGCCCUCCGCGGUAGGCGGGGGCCUAAACGAGGCUGGCCUAGUUAAGCCUGAUUCUUAUUGUGUGCAGCACAGCCUGUUUUUGUUGUGCAACGUGGCUGAGAAGGAACCUAGGAGUAGUGUAUGAGUCCAUGCACAUGUUAGACAUCGCUUAUGUUUGAUCUAGAAGAAGACUAGAAGGAAAAUGGGAAAUACAUGGGAGUAAGACCACUGUGAGCUUUAUCACGGUGGACCAAGAGAAGCCGGCAGCAGGGACACAAAAAGACAGGUGGAAAGAGUGAGGAGCCUUAGUCCUGAGUGCGGCUGCUGGAGGGUGACCGCCAUAGGCCUGACUUGGUCUGUGUGAGUCCACUAUGCUAUAAGAUGGCAUCCAGCUCUGUGUUUCUGUCCAGUAUGGUGGGUAAAGCUCGCUCCUCCAACUUCACCCUCUCUGAGAAGCUGGACCUGUUGAAGCUGGUCCGUCCGCACAUCCGCAUCCUGGAGGAGCACACCAACAAGCAUGCAGUCAUUGUGGACAAGAACAAGUGCUGGGACACUGUCGCUGAACAGUACAACGCAUUGGGAGGGGACCGACCCCAUCGCACCGCUCAGGGCCUCAGGACCCUCUACAAGAGGCUGAAGGAGUCGGCCAAGCAGGAAGUGAUGCAGCGGAGGCACGCCCAGCCGGAGUACAGAGCCAGCAUCUCAGAGCCAACCAGGAGAAUUAUGGAGAUGAUCCCUCACCUGUUUCACCAUGUGCCCAUUCAUGAGAAGGACCAGGCACUGCGCAGAUUAAUAUACAGCAAGCACAACUCUCCUGUCGAGCAUCCUGGCAGCAGCUCCUCUCUGGCCGGACUCCAGGAUUACUCAGCAGCUGUCCCAAGUAUCCCCCAUGAGGUGGUCCAGCUGGACCCUGAAGAGGAUGUUAAACCACCGCCAGAUCUCCCCAUCCUCGCCACACACACAGGGCCAGGGCUGGACGGAGGCCAGGAGCGGGAGGGGGAGCAGGACUUGGGCAGCGUCCACGAUUACGAAGCAUCCCUGUCUCCCGUCCCUUCGUCUGUUAAUAUCCCCCUCUCCACUUCGCCGCUGCCCUUACGCCACGACCUCUACCCCAACGACAUCUACCCCCACCACGAGCCCGACAGGUUUCGCCCUCUGCACCUGGCCAAAGAGGAGCACGAGCUGGUGUUAGCCAAUCACAGGAAGGUUGCCAUGUACCUGGAGGAGAAAAGGGAGGGGCUGAAGAGGAAGCAGGACCUGGAGGAGGAACUUCUGAGAGCCAAGAUCAAAGUGGAGAAACUAAAGGCUGCGCGACUGAGACACGGACUGCCAAUUCCUCUAUAACAAGCACGAACACGCACAUCUGUGUCCAGCGUUAGAAAGGGAGAGGCUCUGAGGAGCAAUCAAACUCAUCUGUUUUUUAGAACUGUGUCAGAACUUGAAUUUCUUUUGGAAACAUAGUGCCUCGUACAGAUGCUGAAAGCCUGUUUGCAUAUUGCAGGAAAAGGCUGACUUGUGUUGCCAUUGGUCUGUGUUUAUGCUUGUCGGUGUUAAAAAUGUAUUAUCAUUCUAGUACUCAUUGGCAGAAGCAGUAACAAAACUUGUAUGUGCUCACAUCACAAGCACUGUAUAGGUAUAGGUAAAAUAAAUAGGAAGGUCCGGGUUCUAGAAGGGAAUAUUGGUAGUUGUGAACUGAGUGAACCAUUUCAUGAUGGAACUGUUCUUGUCUAGAUCUGCCACCAGUAUGUAUCAAUAGGAAUUUUAGCGUAGUGUUAAAGGGAAAGCUUUGUAUUUUUUUCAUGUUUGUGUGUUUUUGUGUCUAAGCGGCAAAUGGAGACAACAAUAUUUGAAAUUUGUCCAGCAUUGAAAGAGACUGCUGCAAUGUAAUUCCUGUGGGCAGUUGUGCACCGUCAAUUUCUUUAUGUUAAAAGUGCUUGAUAGGUCUGAUAGGCUCAGACUGUUAUUAUAAGUGUCUGAUGACAUGUUGAAAAAGACCCAACAGAGAAGUGAAUUGUUUUUCUGCACCUUUCACUGGUCCGGUCUGUUUGUUAGUGUGUGUAACCAAGUCUAGCUCGUUCUGAAAUCUCAUAAACUUCUCCACAUUGUUCGAAUCAGCUACAUGUAACACAACAAACUCUUCCUGGCACCUCUCUCACCAACUCUCACUAACAUCUCCACUGUUGUUUUUCCUGCAACAAGUCGCCUCUUGCUAGAUUUCAGAACAAGACUUCUGCUUGAGCAAGACUUAGUCACAAUAACAAACAGACCAGUGAAGGGUAAGAAAAAAUGUUGCAUUGCUUCCUUAUUGUAAUGUUGUCAGACACUUAUAACAACAAUCUGAGGCUGUCAGUGCCAAAAACAAGCACUUUUAUUGGAUGUAAAUUGACAGUGCCGCUACAGCUGCAGCCGUGUCUCUCUCAAUACUCGACCAAUUUCAAGAAUUGUUGUUCCCUCGAGUAACUCAGACACAAAAACACAGAAAAACAGAGUCCAGGUUUAAAAAUACCAAAGUUUCCAUUUAAUGAUCUUGUUAGAAAAAUUCCAGCAACAGUGAUUUACUGGAUUGUCACAAGUGCAAGAGUCUGCCGACAUAUUAGGGGGAUAGUGAAGCGCUUGAUUCAUUUUUUUUUUGUAAAGAAAAUUUCCUCUUGAUGUGACAUCUAUUAGAAUACAUUGUGACAAAUUAUAAAGGCAUUUCCUUGUAGCACUUUCAAGUAACCAAACUGAAUGCUUAUUCAAAAUUAUGUUGGUUAUCAAUUACUCUAAACAGUCUGUUUUAGACCUGAGAGAUGUUCAGAUAUCCAGGACUGAAGCGCAAGUUAAACUGCCGGAGGCCUUAAACUCAAGAUGUUAAUGAUGACCAACCUUGUUCUGUGAGUUGCGGAAUUUACAUGAAAGUGAGAGAAAUCUGUUCAAGUCAGAAGUUCUCUGUGGUUGCUGAACUGCUGGCUGUGUGAUGUGAUCAACAGAGGGGAGAUGUGGAAUUGGUUUUGCGAUGUUACUGUUAUUUAAUGUGUGUGACUACAACAUUGAUUGUAUUGUAAUGUUGGUAUACAAGUGUUGUCAGUUUGUUUUACACUCUGUCCAUA